AUGGCGGCAAAGAGGGUUGCAGUUGUGGGCGGCUCUGGAAGUAUCGGACGUGAAGUCGUUGAUGAGAUCCUUGCCAGAGGCUCCUACGAGGUUGUUAUAUUGAGUCGCGGGAGUGAAGUUGCAGACUUGCCUAAAGGCGUUACCUGGAGGCAGGUAGACUACAAUGAUAAAUCCGCACUUGUCGAUGCAAUGCAGGGCAUCGAUACGGUGCUCUCCUUUUUGGCAAUGUUUGAUCAGAAUGAAGCUUUCGAAUUGCACAAGAAGCUUAUCGACGCUGCCAUUGAGGCUGGCGUUAGAAGAGUUGCCCCCUCGGAGUGGGCUUCUGCGAGUAAUAGUGGGAUCGCUCAUUAUCAGUACAAAGAUGAGGUUCGGAAGUAUCUGGAAGAAGUCAACUCGGACCAGCAGAAGAUUGAGUACUGCCUGUUCCAGCCAGGCGUCUUUACAGAUUACUGCGGCUAUCCACACGCCACAACAAAGCAUUUCAAUACAUCUUGCAGGUUUGCCGAUUUCCAGAAUCGCAGGGCCAUCAUUCCAGACGGCGACGAUGCUCCAAUCACCUUGACCACUGUUCGGGACAUGUCCCGACUUGUAGCCCACGCCUUGGAAUAUGACGGGGUAUGGCCUACUCGGGGUGGCAUGCAAGGGACGGCAUUCACUGUUUCCGAGCUUAUUGCCCUGGGCGAGAAGCUCCGAGGUACGAAAGAUGCUGGACAUGAUAAUCUUUAUAUAUCUGCUAAGACGGCUCAAGGCCCGUUCAAAGUGGAAAAGCUCUCCGACGAGGAUCUGAAGACUCGGAACGUUACAACUUCCUGGUAUCCUGUGGUAAAACACCAUUCCCUUCCCAUAGAGAUGAGGGAGCCGGUGUCUCAAGGACUCCUUGUAGAAACCAUGGCCUCCCUUAAGAGGGGCGUGUGGACUGUAUCGGAUGAGUGGAACAAGCUCCUCCCUGCCUUUGAGUUUACCUCUGCGGAAAGCUACUUGAAGGGAAUCUGGCUAUAA